CACCAGUUGAUUAUCACCUGUCGGUGGCUCGUGAUUUUAAAAUUAGUUUGUUGUUGCCUAUGAUAGAGAUUAGAUCUCAUCUCAGAAAUGUUGCCUAUUCUCAUCGCGUUUUGUUUAGUUCAUUCUUUAGUCCAGUCCGAAGCGUUUAUUUUGCCCGGUGACGACAGUCUUCAGGUUGAGGAAGAAGACGCUAAAUUGAGUACCGUGGAGCUUGUCACCAAGUACGGUUACCAUAUCGAGACGCACCAUGUUCAAACCGACGAUGGAUUCGUGCUGGAGUUACAUCGAAUCACCGGAAGUGGAUCAACGAAGUUCGAUAAACGCCUACCCCCGGUGCUUGUGAUGCACGGUGUUUUUGCGUCUUCGGCCGACUGGGUCCUACUGGGACCGGGAAAUGCGUUGGCUUACCUUCUAAGUGACGCAGGAUACGAUGUGUGGCUUGCGAAUGCUAGGGGAAAUCGAUACUCACGGAAUCACACCAACUACACCCCUAACAUGAAUAAGUUUUGGGAUUUUUCUUGGUAUGAAAUCGGGAUAUAUGACCUCCCAAAAAUCGUGGACUACACGUUAAAUGUUACGGACAAGGAGAAGCUGCAUUACAUCGGCCAUUCGCAGGGAACGACCGUGUUCUUGGUAAUGUGUUCUGAGCGACCUGAGUACAACGAGAAGAUUGUGUUGGCCCAAGAGUUGGCACCGGUAGCUUACCUGGAACACAUGAACAGUCCACUGUUGAAGGUUUUGGUGAAACAUCUCGAUGCCAUUUCCACCAUCGCACAUCUUUUCAGCUGGAAAGAGUUUAAGCCCAUCCCCGCAGUUGUGUUAGAAGUGGCGAAAUACCUUUGUCCAGAGUCCAAGGUCAACAAUUUAUGCGUGAACGUACUUUUUCAGCUGACUGGCGCCAAUCCGGAUCAAGUGGAACCGAAAAUGAUCCCGAUUCUGUUGGGUCACAUCCCGGCGGGGUCUUCCACUAAGCAGCUGGUACAUUUUGGGCAAGAGGUUCGAUCUGCGAUGUUCCGACAGUAUGACUACGGUAAGCUGAAAAACGUCUUUGUGUAUAACCAGCCGGAACCGCCUGCGUACAAUUUGAGCAGAGUGAUAGCGCCGGUAAUUCUGCACUAUGGCCCCAACGACUAUUUGACGCACGAAAAGGAUGUACUACGGUUGGCAGCAGAGCUUCCGAAUUUAGUUGAAGUUCAUCGGGUAGGAAUGGAUUUGUUCAAUCAUAUGGAUUUCCUGAUCGCUAAGGAUGUGAAAGAACUGCUUUAUGGUAAAGUAAUUGCCAAUUUGGAGAAAUUCAACGAUAAAAUAAUUGUAGGGUUCAAUUAGCGUUACUGGGUGUAAAGUAAAAAAAUAAACUCUGCUGUAU